AGCAGUGCUGGCGGGGAGGUGGGCUGAGCGGCGCCCCGAGGAAGCGCAUUACGUAGGCAAGCGGCUCCGCUCAAGUUGCCACCUGCGCCGAGAGAGCCCCGCACCGCCAUGGACUGCUGCAACGUACGUACCCCGCUGCUUUCUGAUCGUUCUUAAUGAGCAUUGUUAUUAUUUUGCUUUUUGGUGGUGGUGGUGGUUUGCUUUUUUGCCUUCACACGGGGCCGCGCGUUGUGCCGUUGCAGGAGCGGUGCUGCAGGAGCGUGGGUGCUGCGCCCCUGUGCAUGGCACCCCAAAGCACCGCUGCUCGCGGGGUGCUCAGGGACGGCACCCCAACCUGUCCUACUGCUGGGAUUGCACAGCAUCCCACAGGGCAGAGUGGGCAGCAGCCCCUUUCCCCAAGCCCAGCACGCAGACACCUCGUUCUGCUCUCAUGCAGCCUUAUCUCCCCAGAAAGGCUCCCCAGAGGAGCGAGGUUUCCUACAGACGAGGGGCGAAGCGCUGCCUGCUGCUUUGGAGAGAGGUGACGGCUGCACCCCUCAGUGUGCAGCGCUGCAGCCCCCGGCCGGGUCACGGAGCUCAUCUGCCAGAAGAGCACACAGCGUUCCCCUUUCUCCCUUUUUCUCCCAAUUUCCCCAUUUUUUUCCCUCCUUCUCCCCCUUUUUUCACCCUCCUGCUCCGCCGGCAUCACAGCGCUGCUGGCUGCCUGCAGUGGCAAAGCCCUCCCUGGGGACAGGAUUUCCCCCAUGGAUAUACAAAUUGUCCCUGUGGACAUAGAAUUUCCCCCCGUGGAUAUCAGGUUUCCCCACUGCGUAUAAAAUUCUCUUCCUGGCUAUAGGAUUUCCCCUCUGGCCGUAAGAUUUCCACCUCGGCUGUAACAUUUCCACCCCGACGAUCACAUUUCCCCCCAGCUCUGUCACUUAAGCUUCUGACACCCUCCCUACUGCCACAACAGCACUUGGCAGUGACACCGCGUGCCCCCUCCCCAGCAGCAGAGGGCACGGUGGCUGCAGCGUCCCCCGCUCCUGCAGGGCACCGACCACCCCUCGGUGUGAAUCGGCCCCGGCUGCCUUCUCCUGUGUGUGAAUGUGCUGUGGCCGCCGUCCCUUUGCUCCCGAAGAACCCCCAGAACUCUCCCAAAAGUCAGGAGCUCAGGGCAGGGUGACGCAGUGAUGCAGUGGCGGUGGGCUGUCGCUGGUCCCGUUUGGGUGGAGGGCGCCUGCACGAAGCUGGAUGAGGACAUCCUGGACAUCCCCCUGGACGACCCCGACGCCAACGCGGCGGCGGCCAAGAUCCAGGCCAGCUUCCGCGGGCACAUGACCCGCAAGAAGAUCAAGGGGGGGGAGAUGGACCGGAAAGCCAAGGACGCCGAGUGCGCCAACAGCACCCGCGGCGGAGACCUCCGCAACGGCGAUUAGGUCCUCCUGGACUCCCCCUGCCGAGCCCCCCCCGCCGCCGAGGAGCCCCCGCUUCUCCCCAUACCACCCAGCAUGCAUCCCCCGCCCUCCCCCCCCCCGGCCCCAAUAAAGGUCCCUGCCAGCGGCUGCGCUGUCCUUGGCGCCGAGGGGACAUCGCAGAGCCACUCAGUGGGGGUGAGAGCUGUGACACCGCGGGCGGACGGCCUGGUGUCACCCAUCGCAGCCGUGUCCAGUGUGACGUCAUGCAUGGCAUUGUACAGAUGUGUGACAUCACUGCUGGACGCGUGGUGGCUGUCGUGACGUCACACCCACGUGUGUGGCACAGUGUGAUGGCACCGGUGGGUGGGAGCUGGCGCUGCUGUGACAUCAUACGGGUGGGUGUGACAUCACCGAGGGACCUGGGACAGCCAGCCCAGGUCGUGCAGCACAGGUCAGCCCCGCGGGGGCACACGGGCACUGUGACCCCCCGGAACCAGGCACAGCGCUGGGACGUCGCGAUGGGGGACAGCGGAUGUGAUGGGGCACCCUGAGGGCUCCCCGUGUGACGUCACACAGCCACGUGACAUCACCCCGAGGGACAGGGGGCCACCAACCCACCGCACCCCCACAACGUCACCCAAAAGCAUUUUAAUCAAAAAAAACUCCAAAACCUAAAAAAAAAGUCCAUCCGUCCCCCCCCCCCCCCAUUGCCGCUUCCAACCCUUUCCCCAUUAAUGCUCUUCUAUGAAAAAUAUCCCAUUUCCAUCCGUACGUAAAAAAAAGUGGACCCCCAAUCCGAGUGGUGCGGUUCGGGGCACUGCCAUCGGCGGGGAGACGCGGCCCCCCCAGGGCAGAGCGGGGCACCCCCCGCACCCAUUAAACAGCGCAGGACAAGUC